GUGAGGGCGGGGCCUGGCCAGAGAGCAGCCCGCUGCUCUGGGCAUCUUCUUGGCCGAGAAUCCGGACCGCGAGCGUGGCGGGCUCAGUGGAUCUGGAUAACUGGCCCUCGCUGCUCUCCAGGCAAUGAUGAUGUGGCCACCUUCGCUGCUGCUGUUGCUGCUUCUCAGGCUAGGGGCCCAAGGGAAGCCAUCCCCCGAUGCCGGCCCACAUGGACACGGGCGGGUGCAUCAGGAGACCCCCCUGAGCGAGGCUCCUCAUGAUGACGCCCACGGGAACUUCCAGUACGACCAUGAGGCUUUCCUAGGACGAGAGGUGGCCAAGGAAUUCGACCAGCUCAGCCCGGAGGAAAGCCAGAUUCGUCUAGGGCGCAUCGUGGAUCGCAUGGACCGUGCCGGGGACGGCGACGGCUGGGUGUCGCUGGCCGAGCUCCGCGCGUGGAUCGCGCACACGCAGCAGCGGCAUAUACGGGACUCGGUGAGCGCGGCCUGGGACACGUACGACACGGACCGCGACGGGCGUGUGGGUUGGGAGGAGCUGCGCAACGCCACCUAUGGCCACUACGCGCCUGGGGAAGAAUUCCAUGAUGUGGAUGACGCUGAGACCUACAAGAAGAUGCUGGCUCGGGACGAGCGGCGGUUCCGGGUGGCUGACCAGGAUGGGGACUCCAUGGCCACCCGGGAGGAGCUGACAGCCUUCCUACAUCCGGAGGAGUUCCCCCAUAUGCGGGACAUUGUGAUUGCUGAGACGCUGGAGGACCUGGACCGGAAUAAAGAUGGCUACGUGCAGGUUGAGGAGUACAUCGCGGAUCUGUACACGGCGGAGCCUGGGGAGGCCGAGCCUGCCUGGGUGCAGACAGAGCGGGAACAGUUCCGGGACUUCAGGGACCUGAACAAGGACGGGCGAUUGGACGGCAGUGAGGUUGGCCACUGGGUGCUACCACCUGCCCAGGACCAGCCACUGGUGGAGGCCAAUCACCUGCUACAGGAGAGUGACACCGACAAGGAUGGGCGUCUGAGCAAGGCUGAGAUUCUGGGCAACUGGAACAUGUUCGUGGGCAGCCAGGCCACCAACUACGGCGAGGACUUGACACGCCACCAUGAUGAGCUCUGAGUCUCCAUCCUCUCCUUGCUUCUGCCCUGAGAGUCCCCCAGGGGCCAAGUGGCCCAGCCGUGUAGGAUGGGGCUCAGCCCCGCGACCCUCAUCUCUGGUCUCUCCCAGCCCCUCCCCCACCUGAGACCCCCCCCAGCCCCUCCUUCCCCUCCCCAGCACACUCCAGGGGUUCCACAGACACUGCGGGCAUGAGCACUGGAAGCACCUUCCACACCCCUCAUCUUCCCCAAGGACAAGUCCAGCCUCCUGGCUUCUCCACUGCCCCAUAAAAUCCAAUCUGAGCCUCUCAGCACACCCGUGAGAAACAUU